UCUACCUAAUCUCCGACCGAUUCACCUCCCCACUUCCCGGUUGGGGCUUAUGCGCUGUUUACUAAUACAUGACUGUUUAAACUUCUGUUUGAAAAUGUAGAACAGUCCAGUGUGAAAGGAUUUGCUCCUCUGGAUAAACUGAAAAGAACCGUUCGCCAGUUGCGUUCUUUCAUAUUUUUCAUGCGCAGAAACAACUCGUUGUAAAGCAGUUGCACUGUACAGCAAGUGAAUUGUGGUUCAUUAAAAGUAUAUAGAACAAAAAGUUUCAAAUGGAAGUUGUAUAUUUCAAAGUCUUCGUUUUAUAUCAUGUACCAAAUGUUUACGAGUAAUUUUGAGAAAUAUUGUGAUGUCCGACGUGAGCAUCAUGUAAAUCAAGGCGUGUGCAUAAGUGUUACAGGAUGUGCUGGACAAAUAUGGACAGAAAUUAAAUUCAACCUACAUAUUUCAGUGUAAGCAAGCAAAGCAGAAUUUCAUCGAAAUUCGUCUAGGCUGAAAGAUGGGCAGAGAGCAAGCUAACGUGACCAGUUCAGAGUCAACAUCAUCAAGCAACAGUUCAUCCUCUUCUUCCAGUUCUUCUUCAUCAUCUGGGACUGAAUCUAGUUCAUCAGAUUCUGAGAAUUCAUCCACAUCACAAGCAAGUGCAGCGAAGAGUGGGCAUGGAUCCACAGAUUCAGACUCUCGUAACAAAGUGUCAAAGAAGAAAGCAGUUUCUGCCAAAACAAAGAACAACACAGGCAACACCACAAAUGAUACAGAGACAGCAAAAAGUAAAGAAAAAGUGCAGUUAUCUAAUAAAUCACGAUCAUCAAAAUCAAAUCCAAUUUAUUCAUCUGAGUCUGAAGAAUCUCAGCCGAAACCAAACACUAAACGCAAGCCCCCGGCAAAACCAAAAGCAUCUGCUACAGUAACACCAGUCACAAAACAGACAAAACAGACUGCAAAAAGUAGUAGUACAACUGGAUCAAAACAAACUGCUGUAAAAGGUUCUGGUAAUUCUAAUACUGGGACCAACAAGAAAUCGACUACAGCGGACAAAGAUGCAACUCCUAAGGCUUCAGCAACAUCCAACAAGCAACAGUCUGACUCCAGUGCACAAAAAAAGUUGAAGAUGAAGAGUAUUUUUAGCCCCGAGAAUAGCAGUGAAAGUGAUGACCAGACAACAUCUCCGCCAAAGCUGAGUCCCAUGAAAAAUACUGCCACAAAAAGUGCGAGUGCUCCGAAACCGAAGGCAAAGGCAACAGUGAAACCUGAAAUAGUGCCAACCCCACCCAGCAAAUCAGGUGCCAGCUCUGCUUCCUCUACCUCUGCUUCAUCAGGAUCGUCUGCAGACAGCAGUUCAGAUACGGAUUCUUCAGCAGAUUCAUCUGCUACAACAAAGCCAACUCACAAGAAGACUGCAGCCAUCAAGAAAUCAGCUGCUCCUCCUGGUGUUCGAUCAAGGGUGGAGACCCCACCGCAGUCUAAAGCUCCUUCGUCAGCUGUUGAGUCUGGUCCUAUGUCUGAAAGUGAUGGUGAGGGGUCAAAGAAUGCUGUGAUAACACGGAAGCUUACCCGGUCAUCCAGUGCACGCAGGAGCAAGCAUCUUGUGGGCAAAACGAGUGAUACUGAAUCUGAAAGUGAGAGCAAGACCAGUGCUAGUGCUGCAAGCAAGUCUCCUGUAAAGAAAGCUGCUGGACCAAAAGGUCCAUGUCCAAGGAAAACUAAGGGUCGUGGUGGAGCUGCUAACAGUGAUACCUCACAGACACCUACUGUGGAAGAACGUCGCUGCCCUCUGGAUGGGUGCGACUCAUUAGGGCACCUUGGAGGGCGAGCUGAGAAACAUUUCACCAUUGAAGCUUGUCCUAAGUACCACAACAAAACAGCACAAGAAUGUAAGGACAUAUAUUUGGAACGUCAUAAAAGGGAAGAAGAGCGUCGCAAGGCUGUGACAUUAUUAAGCAAGAAGUCACCUAAGUCACACCACUUAACAAUUGAACAGCGUCAAUACCAGAUGAAAAUAAAGGAGUUUCGGACAAAAUCUGAGCGACGUAAUAAUAACAAUAAUAGUGAUCCUGAAACUGACAGCAGUGCACCUGAAGAGAAAGAUCGGGAACGUGAACCACGUCUUACAAACAUCACGUCUGAGUAUGAUCUUAAACUAUUUCAAGAAGCCCAAGCUGCUGCCAGUGAAAAAAUUGAAGAGGACUUGAAAAGCCUACCUCAUGUGAAAGGUACAAAAUACAUUGAAAUAGGAAAGUUUGAAGUUGAAGUAUGGUACCAGAGCCCCUAUCCAGAGGACUAUGCCCGGGUACCCAAAUUGUAUCUGUGUGAAUAUUGCCUUCGGUACAUGAAAAGUCGUACUAUUCUGAAGAGGCACACCGUUAAAUGUGUAUGGAGGCACCCACCAGGAGAAGAAGUGUACAGGAAAGAAAAGAUAUCAGUUUGGGAAGUGGAUGGCAAACGCUACAAGCAGUAUUGUCAAAACCUCUGCCUUUUAGCCAAGUUCUUCCUGGACCACAAAACGCUCUACUAUGAUGUAGAACCCUUCCUCUUUUAUGUUAUGACUAUAGGGGACGCCGAGGGAUGUCACACUGUCGGCUACUUCAGCAAGGAGAAGAACUCGUUCCUGAACUACAAUGUGUCCUGCAUCCUUACACUGCCCCCCUACCAGCGUCAGGGCUACGGCCGCCUCCUCAUCGACUUCAGCUACCUCCUGACCCGAGUAGAGGGUAAAGUGGGAUCGCCGGAGAAACCCUUGUCUGACCUAGGGCUCAUCUCCUAUCGAAGUUACUGGAAGGAUGUCCUUCUGGAGUACCUGUGCAACUUCGGGGGCAAGGAGCUGUCUGUGAAAGAUAUCAGUCAGGAGAUGGCCAUCAACUCUUACGACAUUGUAAGCACUCUUCAGGCACUGGGCAUGAUGAAGUAUUGGAAGGGGAAGCACAUCAUACUGAAGAAACAGGAUGUGAUUGAUGAAUAUGUAGAGCGCAUGAAAAGAAGAGGAUCCAUGUACAAAGCAAUUGAUCCCACGUACUUGAAGUGGACGCCUUUCGUAGCACCAGCCGCCACUGGGCCCACUUGAUACUCGGAGAAUGCCGUAGAAGUGUCCCGAGAAGAAGGUAAGGCUCAGCUUGUUGUGAAAGCACUGUGAACUUGUUGCUUGCUGGGAUUAUGAGAACUUAUCAUAUGCACAUUCAUAAAGUGAUGUUGACUUUUUCAAGUCUGUGACGAGACAAUCUGAGGAAAGACAGGAUUUGAUUGAAUAUAGAAAUGUCUUCAUUUACAUGAAAUGCGUUUAAUAGAUGGAGGAAAGUGGAAUAGCUUUCAAGGAAAUGUAAACAAACUUUGUAAAUUGUUAUAUAUUAUGUAAUAAUAAGUAUAAUGUAAAAUUAUGUUUAUGAGGAUAAGGAAGGAUUUUGUAAGAUUUUAUUAUUAAACUAUGUAAAAUGGUUGUACAAUAACAGAAAAUGUUUAACUGGCUCAUAGUAUUAUGUUGUUUAGUACUACUAUAUGUGAAAAUAUUUUAAUUGUGGUAUAAGUAAAAGCUGAAGGCUGCAUAGUAUAAUCUCUCCCAACGGCCUUUUUCCUUGCCUAAUACAUUAAACAGAUUUGAACCAUGGCUAGUUUUGUUAAUGUCACAUGUCAAAUUUUUUUGUAAAAUCUCUUGUAUUUUGCUGUUCUUAAACUUUAUGUAAGGAAAAAAUAAUUGUUUUAUUAUCUAAUAUUAUUUUCAAAAACUGGCAUGUAAACAAACAUGUGUCUGUAAGAUUUGAGGUUUUCUCGGUGGUGACAAAGAAGAAUGCCGUCUUCUGGGAUGUGGCGCCGUGUAGAUCUUGUGUGAACCGACAUCUCGGAGGUUCCUCAUCCCAGAAGACGUCAUUCUUCAAACAUGUGUCUGUUUUACUGCUGCUGACAUAUGCAGUUUUGAAACUCUGUAUUAUAACAGGUUCAAUGUAACAGAAGGUAACUGUUUCUUUAAUAUUUAAAUGUUGAGAAAUGGAAGUGGUUUGGAAGAUUCUUUGUGAUUUGAAAAGACCACAACUAAUCCGUAAUUACACACACACACACACACACACACAUGCAACUCUGGGAAAAUUAUUAUUUUAUGAAAUGUGAUGUUGGAAUGACAAAUAGACAAACGUUUAAAAGGAUAAGUAAAUGUAUUAUCAGAGAGCCACAGCCAUAUUUUGGUGCUUCAAAGCUACAGUGGGUUACCUAUAUCCAUUUUACAAGAUCUUCAUGAUAAGUUUUAAUCUAUUACUCUGCUCAAUGGCCGGAAGGUCGUGGGGUCGAAUCCCGAUUAGGUCAUUGGAUUUUUUCAAUUUACCUAAUCCUUCC